GGAAGAACGUCCCGGCUCGUCUCUCAGCAAUGCCUCUCGCUCCUCCAAGAUUCCAGUGUUCACUCGUUCACACUCCCUCCGCGUCAAGUCGUCUUCCGGCGCGGCACACUCACAGGAGGGCGCCAAGGCCUCGUCCAAGGCUGGGGUGAAGGGACGCGCCGAUGCCAGGCCGGGUUCGAGAGCAUCUCCUUCUGUAGGAAAAGGCCUUGUCAGGUCCGCCAGUUUUGUCUCCUCCCGGGGCAUGAAGGGCGUCUCCUCCCCCCUUCCCUCUCCUCCACACACCCCCCUUCCCACCACCCCGCCUCCAGGCACUCCCUCACCCCAGAGACGCCCCGCAGAGCCUCCUACUCCGCGAACCACGCCAAGAGACCCUCCGGCAGCGCCACCGACAGGAAGUCUCAUUCGUAUGCUGGCAUGGGCGGCUCCUGGUACCACCACCACAGCCCCUCCUCCUACUUCCACAACCACGGCCUCCUCAACCACCACCACGUCAGCAGAAGACCCAACUUCCUGCCGGUAUCUGCAGCCUCCUCGUCAUCCCAGUUCAGUUCCCUGCCCACCACCCCGGCCUCACAACCCGAGACGCCAUCCAGAUCCCCAGACUCCAACGAGCCCGACGACGCUGAUUCCGUUAAGAGCUUCGGGUCUGUGUCUUCCGCUGUGAGCUGCGACGCGGCCCUCACGCACCACCACCGCGGCCAGGCGUGUGGGGGGCCCGGCGGCGCUUCCAAGGGCGGCAGGAGUUUCAAGUAUGUCCUGCACUGCCGCCACAACCACGAUCAUGAUCCUGAGCAGUACCUGACGCCGACGCAGAGGGCGGCACGCAGGAUCCGGGAACUGAAGUCCCAGUUGUCAGAGGCGCGGCGGGAAGUGCAGCAGAGAGACACAGAAAUCGCUCGACUCACACGAGAACUUGUCGAACUAAGGCUGCUGAAGGCACGGAAUCCACAUUGGGAGGACGAGGAAGAUGAGGCGGAAGGCGAAGAUGGAAGAAGAGAAGAUAAGGUUGACGGCAAAAAUGAAGGCGUGGUGGUACCCCCGCCGGCCUCCCGCACCCACGCUGAUGGCAACGCCCGCGCCACGUCCAAGACCUCCUCCACGCCCUCAGAGGGGAGCGAGCCGGAGCUGAGGAGACUGAUGGAGAACGUGAGCUCCGGUGCUCCAGACUCCACCGUCCCACAGGAGCCUCCUACAGCAUCCCCAGCUGGUGGCUCAGUGGCAGAGACAAGGGCAGACUCUGUUGACCUAACACGCUCCUCUCUGGCUGACUCGGGCCACUAUGAUGACCUGACCUCACCCAGCCUCUCCUCCAGGGACCCACUGGAAACAAGCCGAGGGUCAUUGCGAGGCCACCACACAGAGGAGGAAGAAGAGGUGGGGGCUGAGGAGGAGGAGAAGGAUGACAGGGAGGGAGUGCUGCAGGAGGUGGUGGUGGAGGGCAGCAGUGGGGAGCCAGUGGAUCCAUGGGCGGCACUGGAGGAAGCAGAGGCACGCAUCAGGGAGGAGUACCAGCGGCGAGAGGAGCUGCUGAAGAGAAACCACAUGGAGGACUACAAUGAGCUGAAAGAGAAGUACAAUGACAGGGUGGAGGUGCUGCUGUCCAAGCUGAGUGAUGCCAACCUCAAGUACUUUGAACUGCGGCCUCUGUAUGACCAAAGCCAGGAGCGUGUGAGGGAGCUGGAGCGUGACGUGAUGCGGCUCAAGGAGGAGCUCACCGAGGCCGAGCUGCGUCACCAGAAGAUGUACCUGCAGAUGUUCCUAAAGGGACAGCAGGCGGCCAGAAUACAGGCAGAGGAUGACUUGGAUGGUGGAGAGGAAGGCCUGCCAUCUUCCUUGACCUCAAGUGGACCAAUGAUGGAGUUGAUGAGGCAGCUGACCCGCACUGAGGAGGAACUCGAGAAGGUCAAGGGUGAGGAGAGCAUCCAAACCCAGCGUGGUCGACAUUCAUUUCAGGGCACUGCACCCCUCUCCUCCCUUCCCUCCUUCCCCUCUCCUCCACCCUCCCCACUUUCCUCCCCUGGGGUGUGGGUCCUGAGGGCUGUGUCGUCCUCCCUUGGUGGUUCGGGUGCAGCUCUUGUGGGCAGCAGGGAAGCCAUCGCUUUGUACUGGCAAAGCCGCAUUCAGGCUCUCUACCACCGUGAGAUCAACUGUCGGAACAACAACAAUAACAGCACUGGAGGCCGCCGUAAUGGGGAGCUGGACCCAGAGGUGACACUGCAGUUCCUCAAGUCUGCCAUCUAUUAUUUCUUUACUGACCGAGAUAAUGCUAAAGGUCACCUGCGUGCUAUUGAGAGCAUCCUGGGCUACAGCGACAGUGAGCGCUACAAUAUAGGAAAGGUUAUAAAGUGAGUGGAGAGAUGAUGUUAAAUCUGUAUUUGUUAAUUUUAUUUUAUUUUUCAUGAGUAUGGAGGUGGUGGUUUAUGUUGCUUAAUGUUAUUUUUAUGAUGGGUGACGUGCCUUGUCAUUCAUUUAUUUAUUUUGUGAUUAGGAUGAUUUAUGGGUUCUAUGAUGUAAGUCAUUAUUUGUACAUAGUUUUUAACUUAUGUUUCCGUGAUUUAUAGUUUAUUUAAUAAGUGAAAGGGUGGGUUUGUAGGGAGUGUAUAUAAGUAGCUUGUAAAGUAGUUCAGUCAAACACUUAUCUACUGUACAAAGUUGGUUGCUAUCUUACAUAUACAACAGAGUUGAUAAACUGCCAAAAGUAAACUACUAAAAAAUGUAUUCUUGUAUUAAGGAUUACUUAAUAUAACAAUGAGAAAUUUAAUACUUAAAUGUAUAAUUUGAAGUAGGGAAAAAUGUACAGAUUUUCAUCUAAAACUAGAUAUGCUGUUGCUGGUCCUGGCAAAACAUUACUGGGGAAGGGAAACUUUUGUAUAUUCCUUUGAGUACACCUGUAUGUAUAGAGAUAUGCUGCCGUGACUCGUGUGCAUUAUCCUCACACUGUAUGUGUAUCUCUGCAAAUUUUAAGUGGUGUAUAUGUAUUUAUACAUAGCAUACAUACAUACAUGUGUCCACUUGGGAUGUGAAAACCAGAUGUGCAGUGUGAGUGAUAAGGGGCUGUUUACAUACAUUAUAUACUACAAAUAUUAUAAAUGGCUUGAGAGAGAGCAUUAUUUAUUAGCCUGUGAUAUAUAUAAAAGAUUCUGUGAAUGUUUAGGUGCCACUCUCUGAGCUAAGAGAAAGGAUGCAUGUAUGUUGUGCCAGUGUUGCUCUGAGGCACAGGGAAGAGGAGGAGGAUUCCGAGUUUCUGUGACUGACUAGGUUGAAGUAGUUUGAAAAAUAUUUAUACAGUCACUCAUAGUCGUCUGUCCAAAAGCUUGUAUACUAUGAACUAUUUUUGUAGACUUUUGGGGAGAGUUGUGGAGAUGUUACUAUUGCAUGUAAAUUUAAGGCACACAUUGUAUAUUCAAUCACAACAUUGUUUUUGUUUUCUUGUUGUAGUUUUCAGUGUUGUUGAAGCUUCCUUAAUUGCUGUCUUGUGUAGAUGUUUCCUGUUUGUGUUGGGCACAUGUUUUGCACAUGUGCAAGGGGUGGUGGAUGUUUGCAUUGGAAUGCACAUCAUUUUUGUCACUGUUCAUUUGGUUGUGUUGUUAAGUCAUACAUGAGUCACUUUGUGUAGUAUUCAUAUACAGCAUCUACACUCUUAUGGUUGUUGAGAACUGCUUUAAGAAGUUGAUAUAUGUAAAUACAUACUGUAUUAUUACAUAAUUAUUUUUAUUAUCAUACUUCAGCCAUUGCAUCUUAAGCACUUUCCCAUAGUGUAAUGAUUUGUUGAUUUAUGGCAAAUGAUUGAAAAUGAAUUAAGUAUGCAUUUCUUUUCUGUGAUUGUCAUUGUUUAGUUAGUUAUGUUAGUGUGUAUUAAUAUGUUUCCACUUGUAUUUUUGUUAAAUAGAUGUUUGGGGCAAACUGACUUUGUAGAUGCUCUUAAGACCUAGCAAGGACUGCAUAUGCACUUUUCCUGUUCAUUAUUUCUUAUUAAAGUUCGAUGUGGAGGAAAAGGACAAGAUCCUUGUAAAAGCCUUGGUUUCAUGAAGUGGUAAUGUUGAAGACUGGCUGGCACUAUCCUGUUUUGCUAUGCAAUCUCUGUGGUUGUUGUUGUAGCCCAUUUGCUGUUUUGCUGUGAAAGUACAUAAUUUAUGUACUCAGAACUAAGGUGCUCUGCCUCUGCAUCGAAAUAUCUUUAUAUAGAAGCUUUUUAGUCUGUUAGAAGAAAGGAUAAACUGUCUUUCCACCAGGCCUCUCAAUAGUGUGCUCCAUAAUGAAUGCUUCAGGCCUAGCUUAGGAUGAAGAUUACAAACGUCUCACACAAUUUACUUAUGCGUAUAAUGUUUUUACACCACAUAAUUAGGAAAGAAAAUCUUUAUUGUGUAUUGUGUGUAACUUGUAUGCUUAUGAGCCUUAGUAUACUGAAAGAACUGAUUACUUGAGGCAUACAAAGGAAGACCUGACAGUGGAGCAACAAGCAAGUUUACACAUGUGUAUCUUUCCACAAGUAAAUGGUGGAUGAAAGCAAGAGUUUAAAAGAGUAAGGUGCAGCCCUACUAUACCAUGUGCUGUGUGAUGUUUUGAUUAUACCACUCCCUCCAUCCUUUUCUCCCUCCCUUCUUUCCCUUAUGGAGGUACCAAUCCUUUACUGUAUAUUAUCCUAUUUAUAUCUUGAUAGAGGAUAACUAGAGCUAAGAUUGUCAUAGUCAAUGUCUUACAUGCCAAAGAUUACCAUGACAUUAAGGACUCCCUGCAUAAUGGAAAAUAUUGAGAAGAGAAGAUUGAUGCAUUACACUCUCCUUUUACUUAAUUUGCCACUGCUUGAUGAUAUUUUAAAGAUUUAAUUAUGUUAAUAUUGCUUUCUGUAUAGUUGUUUAACUUCACAAGUUUAAUGGAAGUAAUUUUUAUAUGCACUAUGUGGUAAAGCAGCAGAAUUAUGUCAUUUGAAAUUCUUAGCAGAUUAAUAGGAAAUACAAGUCAUGAACUGAAGCCAAAAUAUACAUUACCCAAUAGAUAUAGGAUUACAAAAUGAUGGGUUCAUAGGGAUGUAGACUACUACACAUCUUGUAUAAUUAUUUGAGUGCAAUAAUGAGGCUUUUGUGCUAUGUAUGUACAGUAUAGUAGGUAGUGAUAUUAAAGGUACAAUAAUAGAUGCAGUGGUAAAGGGAUGGUAAGGACUAAAGUUGCACGGGAAUGCAUUCAUACUAGAUAGCAUUUCUUGGCCCAUUAGGCAGACGGAAUGAAAGGUUACUGUUUUCCUAUCAUUAUGUUAAUGUACUGGUCCCAAAGAGUUAUAAUUUUGUAUGUACAGUAUUGUGUAUGUAUAGCCUUGAUCAUAAUACUGUGAGGAACCUGCAUCAUAUAAGAAACUUCACUUGAAACUUGAAAAAUGAUACAUGAAAAUACUACAAAGUUAGACAUUCAUAAACUGAAAGUACAUGCUCAUGAAAUAUUCUUAAUGUUCCAGUUUUGAUUUUUCCCUUUUCUUGACUUAAUUUGUAUAGUUUGAAUAUGUAUGAUUCUGAUUCAGGCAGAGGAAUGGCUUUUUAAAUUAAGUUCUCCAAGAUCAAGUUCUAGAAAGUAUGGGAGCAAUAAUCUUCUUGCCUAUCAAUCAGUAGGUUGAGGUUUAUUCCCCACUCUGAAACAUGAUGAUAUGAGAAAACAAGGGAAGCUGCAGGAAGCCAUCAGGUCUACACUUAAAAUGGUUGCUAAAUUAUUUUACUGAUGAGGAAGCAUUUACUGUCAUCUUUGAGCUAAAGGAAGGGGAAGGUAUAGCUGGUGAUUACAAGUCCAUUACAUAAUCACACACACUUACACAAACACUACACAAACACACACACACACACACCAUUGGACAUAAGUAAAUAUUUGCAUGCCAGGACUUAUGAUGAAAGUGCUUCCCAAAACAUGUAUGUAUAUUAUUUUUAUGCAAAGAUUUAUUGCCUUCUUCAGUCCAACAUAAAGCCAUUGUCAACUUGGAGUUAGUCUCUUUGUGGAAGUCAGCUCUCUCUCUCUCUCUCUCUCUCUCUCUCUCUCUCUCUCUCUCAUAAUUUCACCCAUAACUUGUCAUAUAUUGUCAUAUGUUAUAAGAAGGUAGGACUGGUUUUAGAAAUGAAUGAAAAAAAUUCAGAUUAA